GGCGCAGCGUUAUGGUUGUUGAGAAGCUAAUGUGAAAGCUUUGAGAGGAAGCAUAACAUUUGAAAAUUUGAAAAAUGGCUUCCAAGAAAAAAGCGGAAGAGGACAAGAAGCGAAGGCGUGCAUUCGUGCGGUUCCAAUUUCGCAGUCUGGUUCGCACGGUAAUAGUUAACAACUACUGGCUGUCCGAGCUCGAGGACCAGGAGCUGGGGGAUAAUGCCCGGCGUAAUAUUGCCAUCAUUGUGCGCCGAAAGGGACGGAAAGGAUUGCUCACUAUUUUUGACAAAAUGAUCCUGAAUCAAGCUCCGGCAAGUCGAACCGCGGAACAGAGAGCAAAAUUAGCCGACAUCUUUCGCCGUCUGGAAUGUUUGUCCCGAUUCCCGAUGGAGGCGCGGGAGCAGUUGGCAACUUGUGCCGGCUAUCGGUACUAUAAUGCCGGUCGAACAGUGCUUCGCGAGGGAAACCAUCCCGUUUCGGUUUAUUUCGUCCUGAACGGAGAAAUUACCGUUAGCCGCUUGCAAUGGGAUCCGAUUUACAAGCAAUUCGUCGAUGUGCCGUGUGGUGUCCGUGUGCCGGGAGAAAUGUUUGGCGAUAUUGCGUUCCUGUACGACUGCCCGCGGACUGCGACCUGCACUACGGCAACUGACUGCGAAUUGUUGUGUGUUUCCGGCGAGGAUUUCAAACGGCUACUAGAACCAACCCUGCGGCUGCAAUGGAACCAAAUGCAGGAAGCGAUCCGUCGCUUCCAAUACUUUGACCAUUGGACAGAGGAGCAGAUUCGAGAAUGCUGCAUCCUGGCCAAAGUAGCUCAUUACGAGCCCCAACAGCAGAUAGCCGUUCCGGGGACGGGCGGUGACCUUGAGUACGCGUACUUUGUCCUCAGUGGCCAGUGUAUGGUUUUGCAAUGUUUGAAAAUGAUGAAGAAAAUGCGUGGAAAAAGACAGUGCUUCCAUUUGUUGCAUGCUGAGUCAGAUGAUCGAUUACUCCACAUUGCCGAGCGAUUGAUGAAGCGAAAGAAUUCAGACGUUUUGGAAUCCGUUCUUCCGCCAACGUUGAGACAGUCUUUAUCCGGUUCCCGACUGAGCUUGGUUCGGAAUGAAAGCUGUGAAGGAGAUGAUGACCAGGUUGGACCCACCGUUGUUCAGGAACCACCAUCAGAGGAACAGUUGGAGCACCGCUUCCUGGACGUUGGAACCUACAGCUGCGGGUCGGUGUUUGGACUCGGGGAACGUAUGCAAGAUCGAUCGAUUGUCGCUCGUAAUCACGUCCAGUGCAUGCUGAUCCCUCGCUAUUGGCUGUUCAUGAAACACCAGAACACCGGCAACGUCUGGCAACGGAUCAAGAUGUACUUGGAUCUGGCCAUUCCCAGUCGAGAGCAGUUGUUCAAAAAAUUUCUGGACGACAUCAACUGGAUGGCCUACCGGAAGAAGGGGGUCAACGAGAUUAUACAACGCCGAGGUCGGCAGAAUCAUACCCGGCUGGUUGACGUUCCGAUUGUCUGCCGAGUCGAGCAGUCUGAUGUUGGCCAGCGUUAGAGAUUUAUCUCUUAUAGCGAAAAUUAUGCAAGUGAUCGCUUGAGAAGCGAUGGAUGGAUAGCGAAAAUACAAAUACCCAAGUGAUCUUCGGCUAAUUAUUGUUUAUUUGGGAUGUUUGCACCGCCCCUUGAGGGCACUAUUGGACACUGUUUGAAUCACAAGCAAUCAUGCGAGUGUGUGCCCAAGAGUGAUUGCUGAAUGGCUGUUCAAACCUAUCGGCAUCCAUACCCCGGUGAAUAUAUUAAAAUUAAAUACAAUAA